CUGGAUUGAGAGAGAGAGAGAGAGAGAUGUAAAUCUCGAAGAAAGAACAUACACAGCAUGCAACGGCCGACGCAUAUCAUUGUUAUCGCUGUUUUUGUGCCUAUAGAUUGAUAUACACAUCGCAUGUAGUAUUUCACGGAGAAACUGAUGCAUAAAGCUAGGAGGAAAAGGGGAAAGGAAAUAGAGGCGAAUCUGAGCUGCCAAAUGCCAUUCCUAUCUCUUCCCUUUUGAGCCAAGAAGAAAAAUAAACAAAUGGCUGAAGAUCUUUGUAUCAUCAUCAAGGAUACCAGAAUAUUAAAUGCUUCAAAGAAAUCUCCUUCAGUGUUGAGAAUGAUUGUAUUGACACUUGCGAUGGUCUGUGGUAUUUACAUAUGCUCAAUCUGUAUGGAGCAAAUCAGUACCCGCGCCAACGUUGGAUUCACAAACGUCGAAGUGAUUAAGAAGCCAUGUGAGGAACCUAAUAUAGAAUCAUGGGAAAAACGCUAUGUGCGUUACCCAAAUCCCAAAACAUUUAGUAGGGCUGAAUGUGCAUGCAAUCCUGUGAGAUAUUUUGCAAUACUAUCGACACAGAGAUCCGGGAGUGGAUGGUUUGAGACAUUAUUAAAUAGUCAUCCAAACAUAAGUUCCAAUGGAGAAAUAUUUUCUGUAAAAGUCCGGCGGAGUAAUAUCUCAACAAUUGUGGAGACAUUGGAUAACGUAUAUAAUCUAGAUUUGCUGACUAGUGCUUCCAAGAACGAGUGCACAGCUGCUGUUGGCUUGAAGUGGAUGCUUAAUCAGGGUUUAAUGCAGAAUCACAAAGAAAUUGUCGAAUAUUUCAAUGCCACCGGUGUUUCGACGAUUUUUCUUUUCAGAAGAAACCUUCUGCGCAGAAUGAUUUCAAUACUCGCAAACUCUUAUGAUCAAAAUGCUAAGCCGCUGAAUGGAACACACAAAUCUCACGUGCAUUCACCCCAUGAGGCAGCAAUUCUUGCAAGAUACAAACCGACGAUAAAUGUAAAAUUGCUCAUCCCCAAUCUGAGAGAAGUAGAGGAGAUGGUUACUAAAUCAUUAGAAUACUUCAAGAGCACUCGGCACAUUAUCCUUUACUAUGAGGACAUAAUCAAAAAUCACACGAAACUGACAGAAGUCCAAGAUUUUCUCAAGGUUCCACGCAUAGAUCUAAAUAGCCGUCAGGUGAAAAUACACAAAGGUUCCUUGUCUCGACAGGUUGAGAAUUGGGCUGAUAUCAAGAAGACACUGAAGGGAACCUCUUAUGAAAGCUUCCUGCAUGCAGAUUACACAUUGUAGAUUGCCCUCUGUAAGUAGCAAAUUCUUUGAAACAUUCUUUGUAAUAUAUCAGUGGGUGCCAAAAUUUCACCCACCUUGCUGAAAUUUUGGCCACAGCAUCUGCUUAUGGCUUCCGAGUUUUGUUUGCUCCCUCCAUGUUUCAUUUGCUUGAUAGCUUUUAGUUGGAGAUCCAUUUUUCACCCAUUAAAAACAUUGGUGUAGUUGAGGUGAUAUAGAAAGAAAUCAAUUUCACGUAGCAGUCUUUGUUUCAUGUUGUUUAAAUUGUAUGUUAAGUUUGGCCAGUCUUUUACAAUCUUACACUGCCUCAACAAGAGGUCAAUUGAAGCAUCUCUUGUCCAACUUCUACAUUUUGCAAUGCAUUACCUCUUGAAACUUGAACUCUGGAUACAUGUAACCUCUUCCAGACAUGAACACUUCCUCUAUGUGCUUCAAUGCCUCUUGAAUAAGAUGAAACCCAUCCCAAUGUAUGUACUCUAUGGGAUUCAAGCACACUUUAAUGCCUUGAUUUCCGCACAUCAUUGCCGGAUGAAAAUUGUAGGGACCCCCGAAUCCACAGCAAGCCUUCAUCUGUGUUUCCUUCCUGAACCCCAAAAGCACACGAUUCUGAAGUAGAGCCAUGAACGCCAUGUAGUAGUCACCAUAAACGAUUUGAACAUGAGGAAACUCCAGCCUUAGCUCCAUCAGUGCUUGUUGGAGAUGAUUGUUGCGGAGCAUUGUGAAGGUGUUGAGUCCUUUGGCAAUUGGUUGAAUCAUAAUGCAUCUGGUCUUUGUUUCGGAACAAUGUCGGGUAGCCAGGGAGACACCCCAUCGGUGAAACUCUGGUGAUGAACAAAUGAGUUGCUCCGCCAUUGAUCACCUUUCUUAUGAUCUUUAAACCCUCAACAACCUUUGGUACAUUAACUGGAUACCUCCUUUAUGAAUUUCCCUUGUAAGAAUGCAAGUUUGAAGUCAUUAGCCCCGACGUGAUCCAGGAACAAAUGAGUUGCUCCGCCAUUGAUCACCUUUCUUAUGAUCUUUAAACCCUUAACAACCUUUGGUACAUUAACUGGAUACCUCCUUUAUGAAUUUCCCUUGUAAGAAUAUGCAAGUUUGUAGUCAUUAGCCCCGACGUGAUUUUUAGAAAAUGAUUUAAUCUGUGCGUCUAGGGAUUGCUUCAGAGGAUGGAUCGGGAACGGAAUGUCUCUCUCUACAAAAAAGGCAGCGCUCAUGACUGUGGCGCCGGCGGUUGCAAAGGAUGCGCCAUUAAGGAACUCGGCACCAGGAGAUUCAGUUGUGUAGGGUUUGGGAGAUGGUAGGUGGAAAGCGGAAGCAAAGUGGGUCGGACAUGGUUGAGCUGUCGGAAGUUGAGUCAUUUCGUCGCCAAAGGUGUAUAUGGUAGUGAAACGACAGCCUUUUACUUUAGCGGUGGAUGGAACGGAGUGGGAAGACAGAAGUAGGGUUGCGACUAGGAGAAAACGGAGGAGGCGACGGGUGGUGGAAGCGAUGGUACUGGAAGACAUGGAAUUUGAAGCAGAAACCAAAGAACAAAGACCACAACGGCAGAGAAUGAGUGUGGAAUGGAGAGGAGGGAAAGCCAGCUUUAACUGACAGUUUCAAUCCUAAGCGAAGUGUACUUUCGUGUUGUGGCGCUUCUUUCAGAGCAUCUCCAAUUCAUUACUCUAUUUGAGAGUAUCAAAAUACUCUAUGUUAUUCAUAAAGCGAUUUUAGAAGAAAUCACUAUUCCUAUUUAUUC